UGCACAGGAUGGGUGGGGUAAUGUGCUGUGUGUUUGAACAGACAAGGUGAAAUCUGUUGUGAUACGUGCUCAGGCAAAGAGCGGGCUUGAAUGGAAUCUUUUACCUCUAACACUUGAGAGGCUGUACACUGAAGGAUUACUUGCUCUUUGGACAUAACUGAUUUGAAUGUUCAUUAAAACCGCAAUGGAGACAACCAGUGACACCAGCAAAAUCCUGGAGAAGGGUCCUGAAUACCUUCGAAAACAAAUGGAACUGGAGAGUGAGACAAAAGGACGCAUGAGUGCUGUGGAGAGGCUCCGGGCAAGCAAACCGAAAUACGUCAAAAGCCAGCAGGUGGUCAACUCCACUCAGGAGUCAGUGAUCAGUCUUGGAUCAGCUUCUGUGAGCAGCACAGGGUCUUCUAACCGGAGCUCGAACCGUGGUGGGAAUUUUGUCACGGGGAAUAACUCGAAAGAGGCAACAGGUGGUGAGCAAACCUGCUCACCAGGGCAGGUACGUCGGUCCAGCUCCAAAAAACGACCUGACUCUCUUCUACUUUACAGACAGAAAUGUGAGUUACUGAGAGGUGCAGCAAACUACCGGAAACAUCAUAUAACACGUAAGUUGCUGCUUAACUCUGGGAAUAAAAAUGUUCCAUUACUUGAGGCGGCAGAUAAGGAAUGUGAUUCUGAAGGCAACAUGGAAAAAAUCACCACACCUGGGGGAACAGCAAAGGAAUGUAGCCCACAUGUAGUUUCCUCCCAGUCAGAGAGGAGGAAGAAUGGACUCGCAGAACAACACAGCACUGAGAGCGGGAAUUCUGGGACAAAGGUGACAACAAGUCUCCUCGCCGUUCCUGAGUUUGAAAGGAGAUCUGGCAAAGGGGUCAGUCGUUCUCACUCUGACAUCAGCUCCAGGUACUCCAAAAACUUUGCAGACUUUGAUUCUUUUUUCAAGUACUGCGGGCUUGACGGUGAGGUCAUCAAGUCUUUGGGGAAGGAGAACUUCUCGGCACGCUCAGAUGAAAUUGCAAUAAACAUCCGCAGUGUCAGUGUCUCUACAUCAGACGGCGGCUUCUCCAGGAGCAGUGGUGACAGUGAUGGCUUACUGGAGGAUAAGUUAGAUAAAAAGAUACAUCAGGGGACGUCAGUUAUUGAGCGCAAUGCACGGAUUAUCAAAUGGCUAUACAGCUGCAAAAAUGCCAAAGAGACUGGGAAAAAGUUACGAGACCUCGACUGAGAUCAUUUCUUUUUUCUUACAGAAGACUAUGCUUACACAUUUUAUCCAUUUAACACAUUUUAGUGCGGACCAUACAUCAAAACACUAUCUGACAAAGAUCAAAUGUUCAUGUAUUUAUCUGUCCAAUGACUCUCUCAGACCUGACUCUUUCAAAAGCCCACAGAUAGAUAUAAUUCCUGGCUUUUGGUUGUGGAAAACAAUGACCUUUGCCCUUUCACUUUUCCACUGCACUGUACGUGUUCGCAGCUGUAGUGCAUGUUUGUGUGUAUGCGUGUGUGUAUGUAUU